AAAGGUUGCCAAAAGAAAAGAACUUUCCCUUCCUUUUGUAGAAAAGUAAAUCCUAUUCUGCAUUGGAUAAACAAAGAAUAAUAAGCAUACCACAUCAAUUCCUUCUUUGAUGUCUUUCUUCACGUGAAGUAAACUUGAUGCCUAAUUAACAGUAACCAAAUACUCAAGAAUCGAAUUUGGAAAAUGACCAAAAAUAAAAACACUACUCUUAUUUAUAUCCCUUGUCUCCCUCAGUUCAAAGAAUUCCAAACUUGUGCAUUUUGCUAUUGAAACUAUCAAACAAACAUGGAUCAAAAGAUUGAGCAUUUCAGCCAUGUGCACCCAUUGCUAUUGAAAGAGGAUCACAAGAAUGAAGAUGAUGGGGUGAAACUAGUUUCUUGCUCAGCCUGUGAGAACCAGAUUUCAGGGUACUUUUGUGAUGCAUGCAGAGGAACCUUCAACAAUGGAUUUGUCUACCAUUGCUCUCUUUGCACCUAUGAUCUUGACAUAUCAUGUGCUUCUACAUGGCACCCUGAUGAUGGCCAUGUUCAUGCCUUCAUUUCCUUGAAUAGUUUGCAGCCAUUUGUUUGUUAUGCUUGUGGAGACGAGGCUGGCGAGGGCUCGGCCUCCUUUUGCACUGCUUGCCAGAUUUGGGUUCAUUGCAGCUGUGCUGAAUUGCCUCAUACCAUCAUAAAACAUUUCCAUCAUCAUCCUUUGCAGCUCACCUAUUCGCUUAAUCGUGUUUACGGAUUCAGGGAUGACAUAACUUGUGGUGUAUGUCAUGGAACAAUGAGUUCAGGAUUUGCAGGUUAUUAUUGUUCAGAUUGCAGAUUUCCAAUGCAUUUGAAGUGUCCAGCAAAACAAGAAGAGGAUUUUGAGUCUGAUACUGAGGAAGAAAAGGAUCAUGAAGAUGAGACGCUUGCUCUUGAUAAGGACAAAGAAUCCAAUGUUGAUUUUGGACAUAACCAUUUGUUAACAUUGAUAGAGGAACUGGGUUUGGAAUUUGCUGAUAAACUCUGUGAUGGGUGUGUACAAGCCAUCACUGCACCACCAUUGUAUUCUUGUUCAGAGAAUUGUGGUUUCCUUCUUCAUAAGAGCUGUGCUGAUUUGCCUAGAACGAAGCAGCACCGGUUUCAUCCUCAUCCUUUGACUCUUCAUUCUAAGGCACCUUCUUAUGAUGGCAUUUAUAGGUGUGAUAGCUGCAAAUCAUUGAGCAAUGGCUUCGUGUAUCGCUGCGACGAGUGUCAGUUCGACCUUGAUGUUCGUUGUGGCACCCUUGAGGACAAAGUUAAGCAUGAAAGCCAUAAGCAUCCUCUUUCCGUAGAGAAGACAAACAUUGCAAGGGAAUGCAAAUGUUGUCACUCUCCAUCAAAAUAUGUGCUUGUAUGUGAUGUUUGUGAUGAUUUUGCCAUUGAUUGUGGGUGUGCUAAUCUACCCUCUAAGAUUUGGAACAUGUGUGACAAACAUGUUCUGAAUCUAAUCUACUAUGGUCAAGGUAAAUUGAUAGAAUGCAAUAACUGUGGCAUUUGCAGAGAAAAAAUAUCUCCAAAGAAAUGGUGGUACUAUUGUGAAGAAUGUGAUUUUGGUGCUCAUCCUUCUUGUGUAGUUGACAAGUCUUUUAGUAGUGUCAAAUUUGGAGGCACUUUCCAAUAUGAUGCACACUCUCACCCGCUUGCAUUGGUUGAAGAAACUGGGAAGCACCCUCCUCCUCCAUGUGAAGCUUGUGGUGAAGGCUGCAAAGGUUGGACACUUGAAUGUGAGCAAUGCAAAUGCUACUUCCACAGAGAGGGGAAAUGUUUCUGGGAGCAGCUUAAGAAGAGUUCACAGUACUCGACACUGUCUAGAACGAUGAGGCAUAAAUUUGCAGCAAAUGUGUUGGCUGCCACUCCCAAUGUAACUGAUAAAUGAGAGACUAAUAAUUUCAAAUGAUUUAGCUUUUAUUCCUAUCCUAUAGUAUUCUGUGUAUUAUGUGUGAUUAAACUAUAUACAUAAAUUCUUUAUUUAUAAUGAUCAAUACCUUGUUCGUGCAACUCUUUAUGCAUUAAUAUUUGUUCAUGUACAUAUUGUUAAAAUAAGUGUUAUUAAAUGAGUUCCGCCAAUUACUUUUUCCAUUGUUAACCAUUACUAAAAAUUUUGCAAUUUGCAUCCAUAUAUUUCUGUUUAGCUUUGGCAGGGAAUAAAGUACUGCUAAAAAUCAACUAUCAACUAUAAACUAUUCCCUAAUAAAAAUCAUACUUGCAUCCCUUCCCCAGUAAACAAACAAUGAACUUUGAUGUGUAUCCUCUGCAAUAAACCAUUA